AUGCGUCACUGUCAGAACGAUGGGUCGCCGCCAGUGCAGCUGACGAUGGCCAUCCAUCAUCGUCCCGUGUCGACACCGGUCAGCGGCACUCCAGCGUUAGUGGUUAUUGCGGUGCUGAUGGUGAGCAUCGUGUUUUGCUUCGCGGUCGAGCAGCUCUUUCGGGGGAUCAUGUCUUGGCAAACGGCCAAUGGUUCAACAUCAAGACCUGAAUCUUCAUUCAGUACCGACUCGCUGACGACCAAAGAAAUGUUCUUCGACGUGAAUACUGGCAACGAAUGGCGACUGAAAAGACGGCAACACAGCAGCCACUCACUGGCACUGACCCCUGGCUUCCAACCGAUUGCCGUCUCGUCGCUAGACUGUGGUCGGAUUUGGAACGAGUUGUCAAUCGUCGACUUCCGCGCCUCCGGCUGGACCAAGGCCGUCUACCGAGCGAGGCUGAACGGAACAGAGGUCGCCUUGAAAGUGGUCGACUUCGACGGGCACGAUAUGAGGGACUGCCAACGGCACAUGGAGGAAGAUUGCUACGCGAGAGUCGCCGACAAGUUUGUCAAGGAAAUACUCUUGUUCCACCAGCUUCAACACCCUACCGUCAUUAGGAUGCUCGGCUACUGUAUCCCGCGAUACCCGUCUUCCUUCGAUGACGGCCUUAAGUGGCUGGCGAUUGUCACCGAACUCGGACAGCCGGUGGAACUGCUUCAGCUGUUGCAAAUGACCUGGAAACAAAGGUUGAAGAACGCCAUUACGGUUAAAAUCGGUCACUUGACUGACGCCGUUCAAUAG